GUGCUCCCGGGUGUUUUCACCGUUGCACAGAGACAGCAGCUGAGGAAGACAUGGCGGCCCUUGAUGGCUUCAUGCUUGUGGCAGUAGUGGCCAUCGUCCUAACAACAAAAGCAUUGGGGCAACCCGAGCUCGAGCUCGACCAUAUUGUAGUGUCUCCCAACGUCCCGGGAGAGCCCGAGAGGGGAAAUUGCGUUUUGCCCGGAAAGUGCUACGGGAAGAACCUCAGGUGUCCGAAAGACUGCCCCUCUCGAAGAACCGAAGCGCCUGGCAAAUCUGCCUGCUUCAUGGACUGCUACAAAAACUGCGAAGCCACCUGCAAACAUCGCAAGGCGAAUUGUUACGGAUACGGUGCAGUGUGCUAUGAUCCACGAUUCAUCGGAGGGGAUGGAGUGAUGUUUUAUUUCCAUGGACAGAAGGACCAACAUUACUGCAUAGUCUCAGACCGAAGACUGCACAUCAACGCUCACUUCAUCGGCAAGAGGCCCCUGGGUAGGCCCCGGGACUAUACAUGGGUGCAAAGCCUGGGAUUCAUGUUCGAGAAUCACAGAUUCGGUGUCGGUGCUCGGAAAGCGGCUGUGUGGGAUGACAACGUGGACCAUCUGGAGCUCACUUACGACAACACCUCCAUAGAUUUGAUCGACCAUGAGGGUGCCCUCUGGGUGUCUCCUUCAGGCGACGUGGUCGUGGAACGCAUCGGCCGAACCAACAGCAUUCUCGUCAUGAUAGACCAGCUCAUGGAGGUGAUCCUCGAAGCUGUGCCCAUCGAGGACUACGAGAGUCGCAUACACAACUACGAAAUCACAGAAGACGACUGCUUUGCCCACUUACAGAUGCAGUUCACAUUCUACUCACUCUCCUCGUCCGUGCACGGAGUUCUGGGCCAGACUUACCAGCCAGGAUUUCAAACCCCGGUGAAUCAGAACGUCCCCAUUCAUGUCAUGGGCCGAGAGCAGGCGUACUUGAGUUCGUCGCUCUUCCUUUCAGACUGUCGAGUGAGCCAGUUCUUGGGUGGUGCACCCCUGGACUCCACCGAUCCCGACCCCGUUCAGCCCGAGGUGGAACCGUGGGAGCUCUUUCAGAUCAAAUGUCAGAGCUCUGGAGAUGGCGGCGUCCAGUGCCGCCGGAGACGGUGAACAAAAUCGCAUGCUCUUUCAUCGAUCUGUACCUUGCUAGCUGGUUGUCAUCAUCCGAGGAAUGAAUGACUCUCUUGCAACCUUAGACAGGAAUGGCUAGAACCAUAUAUGGAGGCCAUCAGUCGAGCAACACUCGACGUAAAUUCCUGUAUUUUACGCACCAACAAAAUUCAUCCACUCUUUGGAUAUUCCUUCUCGCGAUCGCUUACCUAUCCCCCUCGAAUCUUCUUCCCGACAAAAUGAAGAACUUGCUCGAAGCUCCAUCCUCUUGGGCUCGUUUCCUCAAUCUCGUGGACGAGCUGGUGGCGGACGGCCACGGACCUGCGUGCCCAGAAAUUGAGGAGAUGAACCUUACUUUCGUUGGAUGGCAGCCAACUCUAUGGGUUAGUCAAUCUGCUUGGAUCGUGGACGACAUAUGUGCUCGGAAUAACAGACAGAUCGACAGAAAUCUGGGCGAGAAUUCGCCAGUGGCAUCACAUAAAGGAGGAGGGACAUGGCCGACACGAAGAAGUAUUGGUCACGGAGUGAAUCAUAGUCUGUGUGAUCAGGAGGAUCCUUAAGUCCAGUCUGACGUGGAUCGACUGACUUGUCCAACUGCUGAGAUGGACUGAGAUCUGAGUCUCAUGGAAGUCUCAGCAGCUGGUUCGAUCGUAAAUGUCUUAAAAGCUUAGCUUGUAACAUGCAACUUUUCAGUGAA